GGAAAUUCCUAACGCGUUUCUUUUCUUUUUCCUUCUCUUCUUUCCAAAAAAUUAUUUAAAAAGAAAAACGAAAACAAAACACGACAAUAGUAGUAUUAGUAGUAGUUGUUUACUUGGACUGGGACUAGUUGGCCUAUUCCAAGUCCAACUCCAGCAAAGUCCCCCUAUAGUGUGUAGUAAAGAGUCUUCCUUUUUUAUUUUUUAUUUUUUAUUUUUAUUUUCCUUUUUUAUUUUUAUGUUAAGUAAUAAGAAUUUUUAAAUUCUCUUCUCCUUUCGCCCUUUUUCUCUUUCUCCACUUCUCUCUCUUUCUUUCUCUUUGUGUGUUCUGUUCUGGGGAGUCCUGACAAUUCAAAUUCGGGGAGUGUAAGAAACCCAGGUGACAACCUCGUUCUGUUGGAAGAACUCACGCAGAUUACUCGAAAAAGAAAAAAAAAACCAGUCUUUUUUGUUUUAUUAUUGCCAACGGUACCAAUCCCUUCAUUCUUCCUUCGUGUGUUGUUUGUUUUUUUCUGGGCGCUUGUGUUUUUGAUUGUCAUCGGCCUCUUAAGUUCAAUUUGGGUUUUUUUUUUUUCCUGUUGUUGUCACAAAUUUCGGUUUCUGGUAGUUAUGAUGAGAAAGACUGCAUUGUAGAUGUCAAUCCCUUUUGGGUUUUUGUUUCCCCUGUUUAUGAAUUCACUGAUGCAGUCAGAGCUCCUGUUAAGAAUGGUCUUUAUUUUACUCUAUUUUAUUCGUGAGUGGAUCUUAUUGUGAUCACUGGGUGUUUCAUAUUCGUCAUUCAAGGAGGUGUUUCUGGUGGCAAUUGAUGCCCGAGGCUUUAAAUUUAACUCUCGUGCAGUCUUUUCCCUUAGCAUUUAAAAGUUCUUUGAAAUGCUAAGUUUUAACAGGACUAGAACUCAACCGAGGACUAAUCGAUCUAUGUCCUUGGGAGGCUUGGAUUAUGCAGAUCCCAAGAAAAAGAGCAAUGUCUUAGGAAAAGUUCUCAUGUUAGCUUCCGUCUUUGCAUUAUGCAUUUUUAUGCUUAAAAGAUCCCCAACUUUGAACACCCCAAGCCCGUUCUCUCAUUUCGAAGAUGGUGUUACUCAUGUAUUAGUGACUGGUGGUGCCGGAUAUAUUGGUUCACAUGCUGCUUUACGGCUUCUUAAGGACUCGUAUCGAGUGACAAUUGUGGACAAUCUGUCAAGGGGAAACCUCGGUGCCAUAAAAGUCCUACAAGAACUAUUUCCAGAACCUGGGAGGCUUCAAUUUAUAUAUGCCGACUUGGGUGAUCCAAAAGCUGUGAACAAAAUAUUUUUGGAAAAUGCAUUUGAUGCCGUGAUGCAUUUUGCCGCUGUUGCAUAUGUCGGAGAGAGCACUCUUGAUCCACUCAAGUAUUAUCACAAUAUCACGUCAAAUACCCUUGGCCUGUUGGAGGCUAUGGCUAUUCAUGGCGUAAAAACUUUAAUCUAUUCUAGUACAUGUGCAACAUAUGGGGAGCCAGAAAAAAUGCCCAUUACCGAAGAAACACCGCAGAAUCCGAUAAAUCCUUAUGGGAAAGCUAAGAAGAUGGCUGAGGAUAUUAUUCUGGAUUUUCAUAAAAAUUCGGACAUGUCUAUUAUGAUUUUGAGGUACUUUAAUGUAAUUGGUUCAGAUCCAGAAGGAAGGCUUGGAGAAGCUCCUCGACCUGAACUUCGUGAGCAUGGAAGGAUAUCAGGUGCUUGCUUUGAUGCUGCUCGUGGAAUCAUUCCUGGGCUUAAGGUAAGAGGAACCGAUUACAAGACAGAAGAUGGCACCUGUAUCCGCGAUUAUAUUGAUGUUACUGAUCUUGUCGACGCUCAUGUUAAAGCCCUUGAGAAGGCAGAAAUUGGAAAAGUUGGAAUCUACAAUGUUGGAACAGGGAAAGGUCGAUCUGUCAAAGAGUUUGUGGACGCCUGUAAAAAGGCAACUGGAGUAGAUCUUAAGGUCGACUACCUUCCUCGUCGGCCUGGUGAUUACGCUGAAGUAUAUAGUGAUCCUACCAAAAUCCGGCAAGAAUUAAACUGGACGGCUACACACACCGAUCUGUUGGAGAGUCUGAAGAUCGCGUGGAGAUGGCAAAAGGCUCACCUGAAUGGUUACAGUACCAGUAGCAUCGCCACUCGGGCCAACAUAUAGAGAUUAGUAGCCAUACAAGCACUGACAAGGAGGUUCAAGCUUAUAUAGCCUAAUUUUACCCCAUUCUGACUUGUCUUUAUAGAGAGAAGGGGUCUAGGCCUGGAUUUUGAUACCCCACUAGCUAUUCUUUCUCAAGAACUGAAUCCAUGGCAAAUACAGGUUUGUAAUUUGUUAGGUAAAGCAGCCAAUAUCACUAUUACUCUCAUAUAAUUUAUCCAGUAGAAAUGUGUUUGUUACAGAAUAAUUAUCAGUGAGGUAUAGUUAAGUUAUUCAGUUAUUCUUUCUCAUUCUCUGUUCAUCACCUGGAACAUGGUUUCUGUUCUUUUCCUUCAUUCGCUUUCGAAUCUGUGCACAUCUUUGUGGUGAUUAUUCAGGAUUGGAAAAUAUCCAUGCCUCAUCGGAUAAAAGUGAUAAUUCGUG